AUGGGCAAAAUAGCCAAUGAAAUUGCUGGAGCUGGACAUGAAGUGGUAAGAUUUUGUUUUUUAGCGCAAUUUGCCUAUUAUUUUUUCAUUUUUUGGUUGAUUUUGAUACAUUAAAGAAGCUGAAAGAAUCAUACAUGCUUCUGUAGCGUUUUUGGGAUACACGUGAUGAUUUUUAAAUGGUUUUAGGUUGUUGUUCAACCAAUAAUAGCAAAAAAUGUAUCCUUUUCUGUUCACAAGAACACGAAGGUUCGACUGAUUGAAGUCAUGGUCAAGGCUUCCAUGGAUGAACUUGCGAGCAUCAUGAAAAACACUUGGAUUGAGGAUAAUUUUAAGGUAAGGCUUUUGAAAUUGUAAUUUGAAUUUCUACUAUUAUAGUGUAUAAUCUAGUAAAUCUUGCAAGACACGAUGCUAUAAUGUAUUUUGUAGAUCAUAAGCUUCUGGAUCUAAAAUCAACUCUAACUUUUAGCAAAUCGGCGUAAUGGGACAAAUCUUCCACGAUGCGUGUGUAGAGCUCUACAAUAACAAAGAUGUCAUCAACGAGCUAAAAGGCGAGCAUUUUGACUUAGGUAUUAGUGGCUGGUUCGAUAUUUGUGGAGUAGGCCUAUUCAAGUACAUUGGGCUACAAAAAUACAUCACAGCGUAUGGCACAUCAGUACCACCACCGUUCAUGUCCCACAUGGGUGUACCACCAUCAGUCAGUUUUGUCCCUGGAGUAUUUGGUGGAGUUGAGGACAGAUCUUUCUUUGCCAGAGCCAAAGACCAAUUUGGAUAUGUUUUCGAAGAAAGAUUAUUCUACCCAAAAUUCUGGGGAAAAAUUGCAGAAGCCUACAAGGUUUUCGAUGACAAUUUGGAUUAUAAAGUAUGUUUUGGAGGCGAUUUUUAG